ACAAUUUGUCAAUUAAAAACUCGUGGUUGAAUUAAUUCUAGAAAGCUUAUACCCUAUAAGCAAUAAUCAACUAUAAAUACACACACAUGCUGCAAGAGAAGGACACACAAACCAACCAAGAAACCACCGACAACCCCUCUCCCCCCACCCCCAAAAAAGAAUGGUGAGCAUCCAAUCUUCCUACACGGUGACCCCUUCAGAGCCCACACCAGAAGUGAGGCUCUUCUCCCUCUGCGAGCAAAUCAAACUUCGCACACACGCUCCCUCCUUUUACGCCUACAACCCCACUAACUUCGACAAAAUCAACAUCCACAACCUCAGAGACGCUCUCAGCAAGGCCCUCUCCAUCUACUACCCUUUCGCCGGCAGACUCUGCUGGACGCAGGGUGGUAGAUGGGAGAUCCAUUGCAACGCUAAAGGAGCCUUGCUAAUUGAAGCUUCCUGCAAAGGGAAGACACUCGAGGAUCUUCGAGACUUUGUUCCCAACGGUUUGGUCACUCAGCUCAUUCCCAACAUCGAUUAUUCUGCUCCGCUUGAAGACACCAUGUGCCGCGGCGCACUCGACGGAACUGGCGGUAUGAGGUUCAUAAACACGUGGGCCAAGCUCGCCAGAGGGGAACCUCUGGACGAAUCUGAUCAGUAUCCUUGCCAUGACCGUACGGAGCUGAACUCUCGGAAGAUGAGUACGGGUUCGGAGUUCAGUGACCAGAAUGGUCAUGACCAUUCUGAGUAUGGAGCCCCGCCCCCAUGGCUAGGUUCAUUGGGAACCGAAGACGCUAAAGUCACCGUCGAAGUCAUGAAGCUCACAGGGGAGCAAGUCAAGAAGCUCAAAAUGAAAGCCACGUCUACCAACGGUAACGGUGAAAUGACGAAACCCUUCUCGAGUUUCGAGGCCAUUGCGGGGCAUUUAUGGAAGUCUGUUGUGGGGUUCGCGGCCGCCAAAGUGAAGGGGGCGAUCGCCAAGGUGGAUGACAAGUUCGUCAGAUCCGCUCUUGAAUACAUUGAUAAUGUAAAAGACAUGAACUUGAUAAGGUACAAUUUUCACUACCCUGCCAAGAGUGUUCAUAAGGGACCUUCGAAAGGGAAUCCGAACUUAUUCGUAGUGAGUUGGAUGAAUUUCUCAUAUGAGCAUGCUGAUUUUGGUUGGGGUGUACCUUAUUAUUUUGGACCUGUGUAUAUGGAUGCUGAGGGUAAAGCCUUUUGUCUCAACAAACCUAAUGGUGAUGGUAUGGUACAUGUGGCUAUCUCUUUGGACUCGGCUCACAUGCCUGCUUUCAAGAAAAUCUUCUAUGAGGACAUAUGA